AUGACCCUGAGCCACAGCGGGGACCCGCAGGCCGUGAACAUGGCACUGGACUUGGCCCCAGACGUCUUUGUCAUGCGGGUGCUGCUGGAGGAGACCGGGGAGAUGUUCACAGUGACAGACUGCCAUGGCGACAUGACGGUGCAGGAGCUCAAGGAGCAGCUGGACCUGACAGCCGGCAUCCCCUUGAACCUGCAGCUGCUCCAGUACCUGGACCAAGGAAUUUUGAUGGAUGACACUACCCUGAGGUUUCACGAUGUCGUCCCCGGCGGCAUUAUUUCAUUACAUGUCUGGCGUUAUGAUGGAUGGACGGACCUGGUUCAGGCGGCUGCGGAAGGGGACACCAGUAAGCUCUCUUGCCUUGGAGUGAGUGAGGACUCUCCGUACCGAACCCCAACGUUGCACUACCUGGGAGAGAAGCAGCGGAAGAAGUGGAUAGCUCAGAGGGCCUUCGUGGCCUUGUACGUCGCCUCGCACAGAGGCCACGUGGAAGCGGUGCAGUAUCUUCUAGAAAAAGGAGCCAGCUGUCUCAGCCGCUCCCCCAUGGGCAGGACACCCCUGCACGUGGCUGCGUUCAUGGGCCAUUCGGAAUGUAUAGGCCUCCUGCUUCAACACGGGGCCCCCAUCUACGCCAAAGAUGCCAAGGGGGUGACCCCCAAGGACAUCGAUGAGCAGCAAAUGUUCCUGUCCACCCAGCUGCCCAAGCCAGGGGCGAAGGGCCCGAAGGCCUGA